AUGCAUGCCAAGUGUGUGAUUCAGGACAAUGAUGAGGUUGGCAUAUGGCCCAACAAGACUUACCUCGCACUGACAAACGAGGUUGGUAGGUCAUCAAAUUUGGGUUACUCAGAAAAUGAUGUGAGAAAUUACAUAGAUGUGGAUACAGCUAACAAGUUUAGGAGUGCGCUAUGGAUAGACGCAAGGUGCAUGGCAUCUUACGAAUAUUAUGGAGACAUGGUGUCGUUUGAUACAACGUAUAGUAAAAACAAGCAUGGACUACCGUCUGCAUCUUUCGUUGGUGUCAACCAUCAUAGAAAGUCUACCUUGCUCGGAUGUGCUUUGUUGGGGAACGAGAAAAUAUGUAUCUUUGAGAAUGUCUUUCCAAAUAUUCGUCACUGGUGGUGCAUAUGGCACAUAUUGAAGAAGAUACUACAUAAGUUCGAAGGAUAUGCUCGGUACAGAGAAAUACAUGCUACAAUGACUGGCAUUGUUUGGAAUGCCUGCUCUGUGGAAUGUUUCGAGAAGGAUUGGGCAACAUUCAUUGUUGAGUUUAACCUAGAGCAUACCAGAUGGCUAUCAGAUUUCUCAGUGUUCAUGAUGGUGGUUUUUUUUGUAGACCUUUAUGAUGAUCGUCGAAUUUGGAAUUUCGUGACAUGUGAAGAAGAAGCGUCCAUGUUACAUUCGGGUCUUGACGAGUUACGGGACAAGCUAUUUGAUUAUCGUGCAAACUUGGAGUCCAAAAGUGUUCCAACUACACAGAAUGGCAUGGUGACACAACGUAAGCCCGCUCUUAGUGCAUCUAACAUUCAAGGUCUUUCAAAAGUGGCAACGAAGAAAAAUGAUGAAACAGUGAAUCCAAAUCUAGUGGUGGGUUCUGCUGUGCGAGCAAAUGAAUCACAAGAACAUGGCGGGUUCAUUUCUUUGUUAAACUCUUUUCGAAAUACUUAG